GGACUAGGCUACAUCAACAGUUCUUAAAGUUAAUCAGAACAAACGAAAUCAAAAUGAAAUUCUUGCUAAGCAUUGCUUUUGUUCUGCUCCUGGCGUGCCUCAUUGAAGCGCAGGUACUGGAACCGGAAGAACAGGCUGACACCAGCAUUUUGCAUCCACGCCUGAAACGUGCCACUUGCGAUUUGCUGAGCAAAUGGGAGUUUAAGCACACGGCCUGUGCCGCCCAUUGUCUCGUCAAGGGCUUCAAGGGUGGCUGGUGUAAUGCUAAGGCCAUUUGCAAUUGCCGCAAGUAAUUGAUUA